AAUUCAACACACUUGCUGAGAACAAGAAUUUUGAUGACCUAGCUGCUGAAGUGCAGUGUCACAGUCCUAAGUGCAGGCUUCAACAAAGCUGCUUGAGCAGGAGUUCCAGUUGAGUGACUGAUAUGGCAGAUGGAAGUGACGAGGGCAAGGAGCUCUCGCCAGAAUCCACUGGCCAAGCGUUUGGUGAGGUCAUUCGAGACUACACUCCGGAUCCCAACGCGACGUGGCGAAAUGGGAGACCGGACUACUUUCUAGUAAAUCGGACCUUCUUCGACCAUCGAUCGCUGGAGCACGAAGUAGGCUCACUGGAAGCGGUGGUCAGCAAACUGAUAAAGAACUGGGCGGUGGAAGCCCAUCACGUUGCAGACGUUCAUUUAUGGAAGACUAUGGACAUCUCCAAGUUUCAGGCUGCUUUAAAUGGAGCAUGCCCGUUCCUUGCCCAACAAAUGUCAGACUUGGGAUCGUGCAACUUGUUCCUGGGUCAGACAAGAGAAUACAAUUGCCGCAUACAUAGCUUUGAGACAGCUCAGAAGAUCUUCCGCACUGCAUUCCCGAUGGGCUUCGCCUGGGAAUGCCUUGAGGUGUUCUCUGGGCCUCCAACUGUGGUCUUCAAAUGGAGACACUUUGGGAAGUACACUGGCGUUUUCACUGACAAAUCUGGGAAAAAGUACAAAGGCAAUGGAAAGAUGCUCAGCAUCGUCGGCAUGUGCAUUGCAAAGGUUAAUGCUGAACUUCUGAUCUCGGGCCUAGAUGUUUACUACAACCCGGAAGAACUCACUGGACUGUUAACUACAAUGGUGGAUUCCAAUUGGCGGCCUGUUGGUGAUGAAGAAGCAGAUGGGGCCGCUCAAGGAGGUGGCUGUCGGAACCUUGGUGGCUGUCGGAACAAUGGGCAUAAUUCGUGCGAGGUCAUGUAACAGAGCAAAAAGGCCUGUUGCAAAGCAAGAUGCAUUUCUGCGUGACUUGCAAUGUCUACA